UGUGUGUGUGUUCUGCCGCCUCAACAUAGAUCUUUUUUUAAUCUUCACAAACUAGUUUUCACAAAGAGAUUAGAAACUCAUUCGUAAUUCAGUCGAAACUGAUAGCUUUCUCGUCAAUAUACAAACAGUGGGCGAGGAUCUAUCAAUUUCUUUUCUAGAUCACGUGACCCUGGCCUCAGUUGGACUGGACAGAGAUGGAUUUCCACGUCAUCUUACGUCUCAAAAUUUCUGCCUCUCAGAUACCCCUACAACGCGGGUAAGAGGCACGCGCACAUGAGAGCAUGUUGUGGGCGUUGCGUAUAGGUCUUGCUAGCCCAAGCUUGAAGCUGCGCGGGUACAAUGAUGGAUUUUGACGAGAGGGUUUCCGUUGGCUCCAACAUGUAUCUCCCCAGCUGCACUUAUUACGUUCCGGGUGCUGAGUUCUCCACGUUGCCCUCUUUCCUAUCUCAAAGUCCGUCUUCUCGUCCCGUCACCUACUCUUACUCCUCUAACCUGCCUCAGGUACAGCAUGUCAGGGAGGUUACAUUCCGUGACUAUGCUAUUGACGCGUCCGGUAAAUGGCCUCAUCGGGGUCCACUGGCUCAGUGUUAUCCGUCGGAGGACAUAGUACACAGGGAGUGUUUACCAGCGGCAACGACAGUUGGUGAAAUGUUCCCCAAGAAUACUGCAUCUGCGUAUUAUCACUCUACAUCGAACUCGACCUCCGCGCACAAUUUCUACGGCAGUGUUGGAAGAAACGGGGUGCUUCCUCAAGCUUUUGACCAGUUUUUCGACACCGCUUACAGCGGCUCGGACAGUGUAGCGAACAGCGACUAUGCAGCUAGGGAUAAAAUGCACUGCAGCAAACAGCCAACGCCAGCGCCAGAGCAGGACUCCGAAGGAAAGGAGCGACAGGAGACCAGUAGCCCCGAAUCUUCUUCCGGAAACAAUGAGGAAAAGACUAACGGUGCGAGCAGUGGACCCAGAGUUCGCAAGAAGAGAUGUCCCUACACUAAAUUUCAAAUUCGGGAGCUCGAGAGGGAAUUCUUCUUUAGCGUGUACAUCAACAAAGAGAAACGACUUCAGCUCUCACGGAUGCUUAACCUCACCGAUCGCCAAGUAAAAAUAUGGUUCCAGAACCGGCGCAUGAAGGAAAAGAAACUAAAUCGGGACCGGUUACAGUACUACAGUACCAACCCACUGCUCUAGGACAAGGAAAUAACAACAGAUACAUACAACUACCGCAAAAAAGAGAUCGCAUACGAGAGGUUAUAGAGACUCAGCGGUAAACUUCAAGUUCGUGAAAAGGCACCAUUCACUUGUAUGCAAUUACAGAGAGCAUAUAUGACAUUUAAAUUCACAUAAUUUAAGUACGAAUUGUUUUAUGCUGGUAAUAGAUAAUUUUGUGGUGGAAAAAAUGAUUUCAUUUUAAGCUCGUGAUACACAUUAAACAAGCAGGCUAUUUCUUCCCUUGCACUUCUGAUGGACACGCGAAGAUUGAGUGCAAAUGGCUGAAAUAUUUGGGUCUAAACAAGGAAAGACUUUUGACAGGCCAUUCCUAUGGUAUGUUAAUUUGUGUGGAGGAAUGUUGUACAGGUUGGCCUAAUGACUUUGGUGUGACCAAAUAGAAGAAAAACUGCUAGAGGCAGACUGCUCCCAGUUUUUGAAUUAUUUAUUUGAUUUGCCAGCAAAUGGAAUUUCCACCGUCGUUGUUGGUGAACUCUUUAAGCAAUAACACUUUCUUCUACUGCCGUCUCGGGAUUGUAAAUUUAAACUCAUUACAAGCAACUGUGUACUGAUUAUAUUCUGAUCAUCAAAAGUUUUCACUUGUUGCAAACUCUGAACAAAGAGACUAUAAGCUUAUUGACUGCACGGAAAACAAACUCGCUGAAUCUCAUCCAGUCAUAAACAAACAUAUCCGAACUUGGAUAAGGUCCUUCUUUAGUGGACUCUUUCAGGCUUAAUAACUGUUUUCACAAUAAACUUAUUUGCCCAUAUUAUACUCUGCACCGAGAUGAACAUUGUCCUGGGGUUAAAAUAAGGUUUGGCUUAUUGUAAUCCAGAAAACAAUAUGUAUAACAUAUAUUUCCUAAAUUAAACAACCAAAGAGGUACAAAG